AUGACAAAAGGAAGGAGAAGAAAACAAUGCAGAGGCAUGUAAAAGAUUUUGUAGAUAUUGCAAAGCUCCAGAUAUUUUAGGUAUUUUUUUCCUGGUUGUUAAUAAAUGUAAAUGGAUGUGAAUAAAUACUGCGUUUCUUUUUAGCUCCUAGUAUUUUGUAUGCUUUGCAGGCAAAUAGUUCACGGCAGAUUCAGCCGCACCGUUGGGAUUUGUGUAGUAACAGAAAAUAUAGUUGAGUAUGAAUUUAUAGCUCGUUCACAGAGGAGAAGAGAAACAAACUAUAGUGAAACCAGAAAAGAGAAACAAAGAUACAGACAUGCAUUUUGACUCGCUUUUUACAGAACAUUACAAAAUAAUCUGAGUCUGAAAAUUUACGGGCAUGUUUUGUUAAAAACGAAAUAAAGUUGUAAGAAGACGUGGCGUGAGUGACGUAAGCGUGUCGGCGCAGAACCCGGAUGAUGACAGCUAACAGCUUCUAACAGCCAAAAACCAAAAGGAGAAGCAGCAGUAGUCGGGCUAACCGGUUAUGUGUCAGAGCACCCAUGAAUGCCCGCCGCCGCCAUGGUCCUAAGAGCAGCCAGGAAGGGGUGUACACUGGGCCUUCACAGACCCAGUCCCAGCUGGUCCAGUCGCUGGAGACCCCCCUGGCUAUGCCAGUUCCCGUUACCCCUCUCGUAGACACCAGCAGCAUGUCCUGCCGAGACCGCACCAGCGAGUUUCAGGCUGUGUGUAAAUCCUUGCAAGGGAGACAGAAUGGAGCACAAGAUAUUAAACCAGUUCAGAGUGCAGUCAGACAACGGAGUGACUUCACUCUCAUGGCAAAGCGAAUUGGCAGGGACCUUAGCAACACCUUUGCCAAGCUGGAAAAGCUCACAAUACUUGCCAAAAGAAAAUCCCUCUUUGAUGACAAAGCAGUGGAGAUUGAUGAAUUGACAUAUAUUGUGAAACAGGAUAUUAACAGCCUGAAUAAACAGAUAGCACAGCUGCAGGAGCUGGUCCGCUCUAGGAAUGGGCAAAACAGCAGACAUCUCCAGACACAUUCCAGUACCAUCGUUGUUUCAUUGCAGUCAAAAUUGGCAUCAAUGUCAAGUGAUUUCAAGUCAGUUCUGGAGGUCAGGACAGAGAAUCUGAAGCAGCAGAAGAGCAGACAAGAACAGUUUUCUCAGUCUCCAGCCUCAUCCUCUUCGUUCCAUGACAGCAGCUUUAGCAAUUCAGUUUUGAUGCAAGAUAAUUCAAAGAAAGCAGAUAUCUCCAUAGACAUGGAUCUUCGAUCCAGCCAGCAGAUGCAACUCCUAAAUGAGAAGGAGUCUUACAUUCAGGAUCGAGCGAACACUAUGCAGAACAUAGAGUCAACAAUCGUGGAGUUGGGAUCUAUUUUCCAGCAGCUGGCCCACAUGGUAAAAGAGCAGGAAGAGACAGUUCAAAGGAUUGAUGCUAAUGUGGAAGACACUCAGCUCAAUGUCGACCUUGCUCAUACUGAGAUCCUUAAGUACUUUCAGUCUGUCUCCAACAACCGCUGGUUGCUCAUCAAAAUAUUCCUCAUUCUCAUCAUUUUUUUCUUCAUCUUUGUGGUCUUCUUGGCCUGAGAUCUAUGGACACCCGAUUGGAUUCAGUACUGAGAAGCUUUUGAGAAGAAGCCGUUUCUGACAGGAGUGAAAGACACACUUUUCCUUCUUCUGCUCAGAUACUCGCUCUCUGUCUGGGUAGAGCUUGUAUUGCCAAGUGCUGUACAAUUGCAGACAAGCUGUGCCCUUAAAUAAUUAGCUUUAAUAAGAUCAUUUCUUUUGGGGAAGUAGAGUUGCUCCUUUGGAACAUGAGCAGUGUUAAAGUAAACUGGUAAUUCUGGCUGGAUCUUAUUUUUGUGGCUAAAAAGAUUUUAGGUUUGAGUAGUUUUAUACAAUGAGAAAAGAAAAUACACCCCACUGUUCGCUUCCUCUGUAGUUUAGAAGAAUAUAUGGAUACACCUUUACAGAUGUGCAGAUAGCUUGUUUCUUUUGUCCUAAUGAUCAGCUGGCAGGGAGCUUCUGAAUAAUUCUGGCCUAACUGCCUUUUAAUUCUCUCAGGCUUGGCUACACUGUGUAACGUCAGUGAUCCAGGAACACAGUUAUCUAGUUACAGCAAUAUUCCAGUUUUACUUUUUGCAUCUUUUGGCAGCAAACCAGUUGUUUGUAGGUGUGAAGCUUAUUUAACAACUGAAUACAAUAACUGCCAGAUGUGAAACUAGCCUUCAAAGGUGAUGUAGGCAGUUGACCAAUAGUAGCUGGACUUGCUAGCAUCUAAGCUGUUUAAACAUUAUUCAGGAAAGACCCCAAUAACAUUGUGCCCAGAAGUACUUGGAGGUGCAGUGCUGUUCUGAGUACAGUAAUUAAUAGAAUGAAUAAAGGAAGAGUCAGAAGAAACCUUAGCUCUACAGAACAUGUGAACACUGUCUGAGUAAGGUACUGCAAAAAAAAAAGCGUUUGGUCACUGUUGGAAGAAAAACGUAUCUCCAAACCAUAUCUUUUCAGGAAAAAGAACAUGUGCUCCUAACUUUAAAUGCCACUUAAUAUAACAGUAGUUGUGUUGUGAACUGUUCUCACAACAUAAAGGGCAGCUGGAGGUUUUGAUUAAGCAGUACCAUAGUACCAUACAUCCAGUGUCAGGGAAACAAGCAUUUAAAGUUUAUUUUUCAAUUUCAAACAUGGUUAUAACUUGUAAGAGAUACAGUAGAAGCUAAUUCACUGUUAACACUGACAUUCCAGCCCUUAACAUACAGCUGUACUGUGAAAUGAAAAGAAACAAACCACAGGAUACAAAUGGAGGAACAUCAGUGGAUCAUGGCGUUGCGUUUAGCUUUAAUUUCUGAUUCCUCUGUCCUUCCCUGUUGGUCUUUGUUAGUUCUGCUUUGAGAGAGCAUCCCCUCUGUCUUAUAUUUGCCUUCUUAUUUCUGUUGCAGUGGUAAAAAGUGGGGGUGGUAAAAAGCUCUUACAGGUUCUUUGUACUCUUCAAUUCCAACAGUAUCAGUGUCUUAAAUUAUUAGUGGGGAAGCUGAAUCUUUUCAAUGGUCACUGUGUAAUUUGUGACUGUAAUUGCUGAUAUUAUGUAACUAAACACUGUACAUGUUAAUAUUUUUACAGUCAUCACAGUCUACAAGUAAAAACAUUCACAUAUUU